GGGUCCGGGCCCCCCCGCGCCCCCCGCCGCCCUGUCCUCCCUCCUUCGCCCAGUCCCAUCCUCCCCUUGUAUUUCGCUUUUAAACUGCAGCUGUUGAAGCUAAACCUCCUUUGCAAAAAAACAGCAUUUCCUCCCACAUAUCCGUGAAUUGUGGGUAAUGUAGUUUUUUUAUUUUAGAAACGCCUUCCCCCCCCUUUAAUAUUAUUAUUAUCUUUUAAUUUCACUGCAAUGUACUUUUUCUUGGAUUUUCAGAUUAAGAUUUUCCUCUCCCGGCUGGAGCCUGCUGCUGGGUAGAUUUGGUGCCAACCAAAGGGCACCAGAGGGGAUGGUCUCCUUAUUUGCAGAACCUGUAGCCCUAGACUGGAUAGGCUGUGAUUCCAGCAAGGAAUAAUGUAAAGCUCUCCAUAGCAGCAGUGGGACUCAGGAGCAGCUGGAACAGGGAGUGAGAAGCGUCUGAGGCAGCAGUGGCCUGUGGGAAAGUUGUAAACUUCUAUUACAGGCAGUUUUAGGGGUAAUGUUGCCAGCUGGUCCUGCUGGUCAUCCGCUGGCUGAGGAUCUGAGCACCAGGGGAGGUGAAAUUUUUGGCUUUUCAGCUGAUGGACAUCAGGCAUCGGGUGAGUGUGUCCUCUGUCACUUGUUUCUAAAUAGGAAACCUGGGGAAAUAAGAGGUAAAAAUCUCUUUGCCGGUGCUGCUUGUGGUGUGGCACAGCAGUGCAGAGCUGCUGUAAAUGUCUUUUAGUCCUUCCCACCCUGCACUCUCAGCAGGCUGGAUUAGCCUUUGGCAGGUAGGAGAGAUCUGGGCUACCAGGUGAUCCUAGCAAGCAAAUGCCACAGGAUGAGGAGAGGCAGAUUUGCUCCUUUCCACCCACAGCAAGGGGAAAAAACACAGCUUAUUGUGAUGUUUUUCCUCCUCACGUGUUUCUCAAAGCAUUGAGCAGUAUUUAUUUUGAACUUCCUAGAUGCUGUGAAAGGCACAAUUUAGUCACUAAUCCUGUGACAGAGCGAAACACUAAGAACCUGCUCAAGUUACAAGCCACUUACUAUCAUGUAGUACCAGGAAGAAUGAAAUUAGCAUCUUCCGAAUGAAAUAUCCAGCAGCCUCCAGAAGGUGCUGAAAUCCUUUGACAUUUCCAAGACUCUUUCACACUUUUCAAACAAGCUUGUCACAGUUUCCCAGAGCAUCCUGAGUCUGGUGAAACUGCAUAUUCUGCGACUCUAGUUCCACUGAAGCUUCAGCCAGGUCUUACUUCAACUUGGCUGUCUCUGGUCAACUAGGAAAUUGCAUUAUCUCACUCUAAUUAAAUCAGCUCUUCAGCUGGAGUUUUUGUUGGGUUUCCGUCGUGCCUGUCUCCAUCACACCGAUGUGAGUGAUUAAGGCAUCAGCACAUCCCACCCAGUUUUUUUUUUGUCCCUGGAAGAAUCCCGUGCAGGGUUUGCUGGAUGCACUUUGGUUGCAAGUGCUGCUGCUAUGGCCAGAGGUUGGGAUGCACCGACGCUGCCAGUGAAGGGCAGAGAGAGGGGAUGGGGCUGGCACUGCUGUCCCACCCACAUUCCAGCAGGGUUUGCCCGGCCAUGCUGGCCACUGGAAUUGUGGAAUUGUGCAGGGAAUUGUGGCCGGCAGCCCCGCAGGCAGGGUGGGCAGGGCAGCGGGGAGCACAGCCGGGCUGAGCACAGCCGGGCUGGGCAGAGGGACACACGGAGCACGCCGGGUCUGUCUGUCUGUCUGGGCGUUCUCCCAGGUGCUGGAUGACCCCUGUGGAUCAUGUGUCAGGACUGGAAUACCCCGCGGAGCAGGGAGCCUGUCUGCAGGGAUAUUUUUAAACCCCGGGUUAGUUUUAUGGGAUGGGGCUUGUCAUGGCCUCAGUGGGAUCAGGGAUUUUUCCCUCCCAAGCUCAGUUUCCCCAGCUGGGACUGUCAGUGACAGCCCACCCUGCUGCAGGAGAGACCAGGCAGUUUUCCUUUCCCACUCCACCACUGACAGGGCUUUUCCUGGCACUGCAUCCAUCCCAUGCUGCCCUUCCUCCUCCAGCCCCUUCCUGCUCAGGAUUGGGGCUGGAGGGCAAGGCUGGAGUCUCAUGAGGAGGCUGGGGCACAGAAAUUCCCUCCUAUCAGUGUCAGCAGAAGGACAGGCAUGAGAUUAAAUUCACUCCCAGGGCUGCUUUCAAGGUAUUUUUUAACCCCUGACAGCUCCUGUGGAACGUGUUCAGUUGUAGCUGAGCAUCCCCAGCACAAACUGGGUGGGGGUCUCCCUGUUUCUGCAGGGUCCUGGCCAGCAGUGGCUUUAUCCCUCUGAUAUUUGCAGAGUUCCACAGAGCAGCAGCCUUGCACAGAGUGGGAAAAUCCAGGAAGCACUGGGAGGUGAUGGCUACAGCCAAGUGGAAGCAGUGCUGAUGGUUCUCUGCCUGGCCCAUGUCAGGUCCAGGUCCUUCCUGUGCUGAGGACCCCGGAGGUGGAUGCAUUGCUCCAGGUGAGGGCUCACCAGAGCAGAGCAGAAGGGUAGAAUCACCUCCCUUGAUCAGGGAUAAGUUCCAGGAGUGGUAUGAAUCAGAAAUAACUUGAUGUAUAUUAUUAUCCCUUGAAGGAGGAAAAUAUGAACAAAGCCCAGGACCUCAGACACUUGCUUGUCCAAGCACUGCUGCCACCUGGAUGGUCUGUCAGUGAGAUGGGCACAGCCUGGAUGCACAGUUCACUGAGGGAAUUUUGAGAGCUAUGUAUAACAGUGCAAAGAAAACGUAAAAUUUGUGUUAUUAUCUUUGGAAGCCUGAGAACCACCUUUCAUUUAGUACUUAAACUCCCCACUGCAGUUUGGACAAGACCUUUAAAGACACCUGGGUGCCCCAUUCCCAGGAUUGCCUGUGCAGCCACUGACCUCUGUAACUGGACAGUUGUGUAGACAAAUGUCACUGGCACCAAGAGCCAUGGCUGUUCUGCUCCUCAGUGUAAUAUCCAUCUUCAGUUCUCCAUCCACGGGGGAUUUCCAGCCUAUUUGCAUAGGAAUAAUCCUGUUCUGGGAGCCUGGGGGUGCUGUGGAGAGCCCAUUGUGCAGGGGAGGUGCUGGCAGUGCAGGUGACCUGGCUGGGGGGAUGCUGCAGCUGGGCUGUCACCCUGCAGGCAGGAGGAAUGCCAUGGGUGGUGUGUCCCAGAGGUGCUGGAGGCUCAGACCCACACAGCUGCUGUUCCAGGAUGCAGGAUGAUCCUUCAGGCCCGUGAGCUGGAGCUGCAGGGAUGCUCCCAGGGCCAUGGAUGUCUCAGGGGGUCUGCGGGGAGGUGGGAGGUGACAGCGAUGGAACACAGCGUGUGUGGCAGGAGGGACAGCAGGUGUUCCCUGCCCUCCUAGGGGCCUGGCACAGCCUCCCUCCCCUCCGUGCUGCCGGGGCCGGUGGCUGUGCCGCUGUCGGGGGACACAGGCUGCAGCUGUCACCUGCUGUCAGCUCGGGCUGUGCCGCGCUGGGGACACGGCGGGGACACGUGCGCUAUCGAGGCCACGCAGCGCCGGGGCAGGAGGAUGGGAAUUCAAGGAGGAUGGGAAUUCAAGGAGGAUGGGAGUUCAUCAGCGGCUCCUGCCCGGGUGAUCAGGAGGCAGGUGAUGCUUCUGCGGGGUUGCGUUAAAGAGAGACUGCAAUGCCAGCAUCCCAGCCACGGUCCAGGGCCAGAGACAGGAACAAUGUCCUCAACAGGGCUGAGUUCCUCUCCCUGAACCAGCCCUUGAAGGGGAACCAGGAGGGCAGGAGCUCCAGCAGGAAGCAGAGCGGCCAGGCCGGGGCAGCCGGUGCCCAGAACAGCGGCCCCAAGGAGCGGCGGCAGUCGCAGCAGCUGCCCGAGGAGGAUUGCAUGCAGCUCAACCCCUCCUUCAAGGGAAUCGCCUUCAACUCGCUGCUGGCCAUCGAUAUCUGCAUGUCCAAGAGGCUGGGAGUGUGUGCCAGCAGAGCCUCCUCCUGGGGAGGUGCCCGCUCCAUGAUCAACCUCCUGGGGAUAACGGGGCACGGCAUCCCCUGGAUUGCGGGGACGCUCAUCUGCCUGGUGAAGAGCAGCACGCUGGCAGGCCAGGAGGUCCUCAUGAACCUGCUGCUAGCCCUGCUCCUGGACAUCAUGAUUGUGGCAGGUCUGCAGAAGCUGGCCAAGCGGAAGGGCCCCUACGACAUCAACCCUGGCCUGUUGGACUACCUGACCAUGGACACCUACGCCUUUCCCGCCGGGCACGCCAGCAGGGUGGCCAUGCUCUCCAAGUUCUUCCUCAACCACCUGGUGCUGGCCAUCCCUCUCCGCAUCCUGCUGGUGCUCUGGGCCCUCUGCGUGGGCCUCUCCCGCGUCAUGAUCGGGCGGCACCACAUCACCGAUGUCCUCUCGGGCUUUGUGUUCGGCUACUUGCAGUUCAGGCUGGUGGAGUUGAUAUGGAUGUCUUCCAACACGUGUCAGAUGUUGAUAUCCAUCUGGUGAACGUGGAGGACUUGGAAGCUAGAAGAUACUUUGAGAGUCCCCCCCCACCCCAGUAUUUUCUACGUGUUGUUUGUUGGAAGCAGUUGUAACUUCCAUGAGUAGUGGUGUUUUUUAAUGUCGCUUCCCCACCUUAAAAAAAAAAAAAAGUUUCUUGUAAUGGAUUGGGUUUUAGAAAUCAAGGGCCAUACCUGUGUUUUGGCCAUAUUCUCAAGCUGUGUUUGGACAGCAGCCUAAUUAAGCUUUACAGGUGAGAGAAAUGAGCUCCAUGUCUGCCUUCUUUAGGUGGUUCACAUUGGCACCUUGAUAUGUCCUCAGGAUGGGCAGUGCCUGAGAGCUUCCUGAGAACACAUUUGUGAACUUUUUAGAGGAUAAAUUAUUUUGGCCACAGUGCUUUUAUUCUUUUUGUAAGCCCAGCAGUUGUGUCUUGUACAGUCAGGACACUGCUGGUGCUUUACAGAUAAUAAAUAAUCAUAAAAAUCC